GGGGCCGAGGUCGGACCGCGUUCACUGGGCCGGGCUCCUGGAGUGAGUUCCUGUUCGACCCUCCCGGGAACCCGGGCCCCGGGCGAAGACGCGCCGGAGCGGCGGCGAGGGUCGCGGGGAGUGUCGGAGCCGGGGGCGUCCGCUAGGGAGACCGAGGCUCCAAAGGCCGGUAUGGAGGGGGCGCGGGUCGGCCUGAGGGUCCCGGGGAGCGUCCGGGAGGCGGCAGCGUGUCUCUCAUUCUGGGGUUAGCAACCCGGGCGGGUUGACGAGCUUGGAGGAAGGAAUUACACCUGUGUGGUCUCAGUGUGAAAUUCGUUCGCUGUGCCCAAAACGAAGUCGCGAUUGCAAACGGGGAUGAGUGCCCCGGCAGGGAACACUGGAGAUGGACCUCGUGAGGCUCGCCCGGCUCUUCUCCGGCCCCCGCCCCGUGGGACUGUCCGUCUUGCACCACCUUGACCCUCUCAGAGCCAGGUGUUCCGGAGGCAGGAAGGGGCCUGUGUGGCUCAGGGCCACAGAGCGGAUUCAGCCAGCACCAGCAGCCUUCAGCAGCUCCCUCUCUCAGCUGCCUCUUAGCCCGCGGAGCCAGAAGAACACAGGCUGCAUCAGCUCUGACCCAGGCCAGCCCAGCCCCACGGCCACCCAGGAGGAAGGGGAGGAGGAGAGCUUUGGGACUCUUUCUGACAAAUACUCCUCCCGGAGAAUGUUCCACAAAUCGACGGCCCAGUUGUAUAACCUGCGGCUCAAGGAACAGGGUAUUGAAGAAGAUGAAGAAGGGGAGCUGGAGCCAAAAUCAUGGCAGGGCCCGAGAAACACCCCUUACUGGUACUUCUUUCAGUGCAAACGCCUGAUCAAGGAAGGAAAGCUGGCCGAGGCCCUGGACCUAUUUGAGAGGCAGAUGCUGAAGGAGGAGCGACUUCAGCCCCUCGAGUGCAACUACACGGUGCUGAUUGGUGGCUGCGGGCGGGCCGGCUACCUGAAGAAGGCCUUCCGGCUCUACAACGAUAUGAAGAAGCGGGACUUGGAGCCCUCGGAUGCCACCUACACAGCCCUGUUCAACGUCUGUGCUGAGUCCCCCUGGAAAGACUCUGCGCUGCAGAGCGCGCUGAAGCUACGGCAGCAGCUUCGGGCCAGAAACUUCCAGCUCAACCUGAAAACGUACCACGCCCUGCUGAAGAUGGCCGCCGUGGGCGCAGACCUCAGGAUGUGCCUGGAUGUGUUUAAGGAAAUCAUCCAGAAAGGGCAUGUGGUCACAGAGGAGACCUUCAGCUACCUGCUCAUGGGCUGCAUCCAGGACAAGAAGACGGGUUUCCGGUACGCCCUGCAGGUGUGGAGGCAGAUGCUGAGCCUGGGGCUCCGGCCCAGCCGGCACGGCUACAACCUGCUGUUGGGGGCAGCUCGGGACUGCGGCCUGGGGGACCCGGAGGUGGCCUCGGUGGUGCUUCUGAGGCCCAGGGAGGAGAUGGUCCUGCUGCGACCCCCGGCAGGUGGACGGCGGGCAAGGAGGCGAGCCUGCGUCGGGGUGGAUGACGGCCCGUCAGCCAGGCUGCACGUGGAGGCCCUGGAGAGGCAGCUGUUUCUGGAACCUUCUCAGGCACGUGAGCGGCCUCCGGAGCCUCAGCAGGCCAGAGCCCCUGGCGAGGCCCAGCCUGGGGUGGAAACCAAGGUGGAGCCUGACCACACGGUGGCCCUCCCCUCAGUGGCCCCGGAGCCACCUCCCUGGGGGCUGGAGGCCAACCUCCUGACCCCGGGGGCCAUCCCCUCGGCUGUGGUCUCCUUUGGGACCGUGACCACCCCAGCCGACAGGCUGGCCUUGAUGGGGGGUCUGGAGGGCUUCCUGGGCAAGAUGGCAGAGCACGGGCUUCAGCCUGACAUCAAAACCCUCACGCUGCUGGCGGAGGUGGUGGAGCCCGGGAGCCCCGCAGAGUCCUCGCUGCUGACCGUCCUGGACACGCACCAGGUGGAGGCUGACCUGACCUUCUUCAAUACGCUGAUGAGGAAGAAGAGCAAGCUGGGCGACCUGGAGGGGGCGAAGGCACUGCUGCCAGUCCUGGCAAAGAGGGGAAUCGUCCCCAACCUGCAGACAUUCUGCAGCCUGGCCAUUGGGUGCCGCAGGCGAGGGGAUGGCCUGCAGCUGCUUGCAGACAUGAGGAAAUCCCAGAUGAGCCCCAACACCCAUAUCUACAGCACCCUCAUCAAUGCGGCCGUCAAGAAGCUGGACUACGCCUAUCUCAUCGACAUCCUGAAGGACAUGAGGCAGAACAGAGUCCCGGCGAAUGAAGUGGUCAUCCGCCAGCUGGAGUUUGCGGCCCAGUACCCGCCCACCUUUGACCGGUACAAAGGGAAAAACACCUACCUGGAGAAGAUUGAUGGCUUCCGAGCUUAUUAUAAACAGUGGCUAAAAGUGAUGCCAGCAGAGGAAACCCCGCACCCGUGGCAGAAGUUCCAGAUCAAACCAAAAGGAGACCAGGACACAGUCACCGUGGCCGAUGUGGACAGAGGCCCUGGGGGCAGGUGAUGGGGAGACCCUGGGGGACAUCCAGCAGAGCUGGGACAUGGUGCAAGGCCUUCAUGGGGCUCUGUGGGAGCCCCAAGAGCCCCUUUCAAAAGACACGUGAGCCUGCCGGUGUAGUUGCAAGCACGAGGGAAAGGUCUGGUCCAGAGUAAGAGCUGCAGCUUUUUGCAGGCAUUUGUCUGAGGACAGAUGCUGGGCCCAGAGUGCCCAACAAGUUCAUGGCAAGCCCAAGAGCAGCUUGGGCCACCUGGUAUGUCCUCUCAGGCCAUCCUCACCUGAGAGGUUGUCCCCCCAUCACUAAUGAGGAAUGUAAGUGCUCAAGGUCACACAGCACCUGUGAGGUGGAGUCAGGAUCAAGUCCUAAGGGCGGCUGGUCUCCAGAGCCUGGCUCUCUCCCACUGGGUUCCAGACUGCUGGCUCUGAAAGAAGGAACGCAGGGCUCAAAAGGUUUAAGAGU